AAACGAAUGAUACCGUUUCAAGAAAAUUUUAUAUAUGUAAUUCAUAGAUUAUUAAAUAAUACAUAUGUGAAUUUGAAAUGUUAUUUAUAAAAUUAUGAAUUCUACUACUUUGUCAUCUGGAACUUUGAGUCAUUCGCCAGGACAAAGAGGUACAGAAUCCCAAGAUUCAGAAUUAACCUCUGUUGGAAAUCAAACUUCGAAAAUAUUGAAUCAAAUGAAAUCUGAGUUACAAGAACAAAAACAACAGGAUCGUUUACUUCGAGAGUUACAUUUAAAACGUGUUCAAUCAUUAAGAAAAGAAUUAGAUUAUAUUAAAGCAACAGAGUGGAGAUAUCAACCAAUCGAUCGGUAUAUGGAUAGAAAUAGUAGAAAUUAAAUAUGUUUUCAUUUAUAUAUACACUUA